AUGGACUCUUCUGUUCCUGCUGCUGCCCCUGUCCCAGCCCUGGCCCUGGUCCUAGCUCCAGCCCUCCCGCAGGCCCCCCAGGCACUCCCUGGCCUAUUAAGUCCAUCACCACUUGCUUCCAGACAGCAUGUAGGUGGCAGUGAAAGAGGAGCUUGCCUUUGGAGGCCCUGGCUGUCCUCUACAAAUGACCCACCAACGGAGGUGAGGAAACUCAUAGACUCGGCUACUGGUGGGGCAACAGGUGCCAAAGUCACCAAGGCUAACUCCGAGUUCCAUCACCCUGUCAGGUUCUUCUGGCCUAAAUCCUACUCUUUUGACUACCUGUACAGUGAUGGGGAGAUUCUGCUGCAGAACUUCCCUGUCCAGGCCACAAUCAAUCUAUAUGAAGACUCAAACAGUGAAGAGGAGGAGGAAGAGGAGGAGGAGGAGGAGGGGGAAAAGGACAAAGAAGAGGAGAAAAAAGAGAAGGCAGAUGAAAAGGGGCUCGAAGAGUGUGUGAGGGCACCACACAUAGCCACAGCUCAUCCUCCUUCCCCACUCUUGAUGUGCCCAAACUGAACUGGUCAGAGUCUGAUUGGGGUUUAGUAUGCUUGGCAAGCCUCUAGAGCAUCAGUUUGACAGGAAUCUCUGGAUAUAGCCCUCUGUAUUGAAAGUUGGGUUCUUGAGUCAACAGGUCACUCUGGCUAUAUUCAACUGGCCUAUGAACAUAGACCUCGGGCACCUCAUUGUCUGUGUUGCUGUUGUGUUGAGAAGGUCCAAGGAGCUCUAGGGGAAGACUUGCUUUCCGAAGUCCCCUGGAAGCAGAUCAAGACAAUGCAUGCCCAUGUGGAGAGGAACAGUUACUCUUUGUUGGUGGCGGGGGGAAUCUUUGACUCCCCAGCAUUCCAGCUGGCCACAGAGUCCUGUCUCCCCACAGAAAGCCUGACAUCUGG